GUUCUCUGAGAUGCCAUUUUUUCUUCAAGCGUAGAUAGUUGGAAGUUUCAACUCGUAGAAAACCAAAACUUACAGGUACAGUGAAAACAGAGAGAAAAACUAGGUCUUUUAUCCCAACCACACCGAGGGGGGAAACUGCUACAUCAGUAGUAAGAAGAGGGUAUGCCAUUUUGUGAACAAUGGCAUACAAACCUUAGGUUUCUACAGAUCACCAAGUGCAGAGGAUACAUCCAGAAAAACAAGUGAAAAUAUUGCAAGGAAUGAUUCAUAACGUAUUUGACAAUUUAAAAAAAACAUACAUAUUUCGACAUUUUAAAAAACCAUAUUUCAGAAAAGUUGUGUUGCUAGCAUGCUCAGCCUUCAGGUUACCUAUGUGUAGUUAGUUUUCCUGUACAAUCCAAAAACUCCACAAUAACUAAAAUGGGAAAAAAGUAACUGGCAAUAUUAUGUUCUGUAAUAAAGUUCUCAAUAAGAUUGAUUCAUAUAUCCUCACUGUUUCAAGACAGAUAUUAGAAUGGGGAAACUACCGGCAGCAAUCGGCAGGUUCUUCUGCUUUGUACAGGUGAACCAGUCAACAGUAGGCAUCAAAGAGAGAUUUGGGAAGUUUGAGGAAGUCCUCAAUCCUGGAUGCCAUUUUAUGCCAUGGAUCAUUGGAAACCGAGUCACUGGUCAGCUCACACUAAGGCUUAGGCAGCUUGAUGUCCGCUGUGAGACAAAGACAAAGGAUAAUGUUUUUGUUACUGUUGUUGCAUCCAUUCAAUACCGAGCAAUGGAAGACAAAGCAAGUGAUGCAUACUACAAGCUCAGCAACCCGAAAGCUCAAAUUCAAUCAUAUGUCUUUGAUGUUAUAAGGGCAAGUGUUCCCAAACUAGAACUGGAUGAUGCUUUUGAGCAAAAGAAUGAAAUAGCAAAAGCUGUGGAGGAGGAGCUUGAGAAGGCAAUGUCUGCUUAUGGUUAUGAGAUUGUGCAGACACUCAUUGUUGAUAUAGAACCAGAUGAGAAAGUUAAAAGGGCUAUGAAUGAAAUUAAUGCUGCUGCAAGACUCCGUGUCGCAGCAAAUGAGAAGGCAGAGGCAGAGAAGAUCAUUCAGAUCAAAAGGGCUGAGGGUGAGGCCGAAGCCAAGUAUCUCUCUGGCCUUGGCAUUGCAAGGCAGCGUCAAGCCAUAGUUGAUGGGCUAAGAGAUAGCGUGCUUGGCUUUAGUGGCAAUGUGCCUGGGACUUCAGCUAAGGAUGUGAUGGAUUUAGUUCUGCUCACGCAGUACUUUGACACCAUGAAAGAGAUCGGAGCAGCAUCCAAAUCUUCUGCAGUUUUCCUCCCACAUGGUCCUGGUGCUGUUGCAGAUAUUGCCAGUCAGAUUCGUGAUGGAUUUCUUCAGGCAUCUACUCAGCAGGCAAAGUGAUAGAUUGCAUUGAAAGCGAAAAUUCCAUUAAACAUGAAUCUAGAUUGGCAAGUUUUCCUGCUACUUUGUCAUAAUUGAGUGGGCUUUUACAUGCCUUGAGAAUAUAGUGUGAGAUUGUUAAAGUAUCAAGCUUGUAUAGUUUGUGCUUAUAGAAUAGGUGUUCUGUGUACAGAUGCCUCAUAUAAAGAAUGAAGUGUGAGCACCUUACAAGAAUCUAGUUAAUUAUUGUGGUGUGAAUGUGUGGGCAUACGAGAGCUCUAAAAUAUAAUGUUGUCGUAUCUUUUGUAACUUCGAUACACAGCUUUGAUUUCAGAGACUUGAGUAGUCAAUUUGCAAGGUUA